AUGCCACUUGUAAACAACAAAGUGGGCGAUGAUUGCACGGUCGGCACAGACGAGGCUUUGCCUGAUGGAAAAACUCUGGUGGAUUCUUUGAUAAAGGUGGUGGCAUGUUACCGGCACUUGGCGUCAUGCGUCGGUGGGUGCACAGACAGCUUGCAGCUGCGGGAUGAGCUGCGUCAAACACGAGAAAAGGCUCAAAAGUUGGCCGUGGCCAUCUGUCAUCAUCUGACCUCACAUCUACGAAACAAGAGCCUGCCUGAGGAGCAGCGUAAGGAGAUGGAGCUCCUCUGGGUCGCCUUCUCCUCCAGCCUAGAGCUCCUCCAUGUUGACAUGUGCAAAGUUUUCAACGUGGGUGACAUCUUCUCUCUGGCCAACCCUAAUACCAUGGUGCAAACUGGCAUACAAGGAGGAGGCAGUGAGGUAGCAGCCCGUGCACUGAGUCUGCCAGACCUGAAUCAAGUACAGAGCCCAACCCUCCCUGCUGGUCUAGAGAGCCAGGAGCGCAGCACCAUGGAGAAGGAGAUCAGCCAAAUUGAUCACAUGAUCGAUGACAUGGAGAUGAAAGUCAAUGUUUUGCGCUGGAUGGUGGAGCCCCGUGGGCCACAGUAUGCAGACCCGCUCAGCAGCACCGACAGCACCUCCCUGGCUCUGCUGUCUGUUGAUGAGGAGCAGCCUGAACAUCAGCCUGAACACCAGCCUCUAUGCCAGCGCAGUCAAAUCUUUGUGGUCUUAUUGCUCUUUGCUGUUGUUUUGGUGAUAGCCACUUUAUCUGUCUGUGUUGUCUUUUUCUCAUGAGCAAAACCUUAAUACACUCAUCUUCCUGUAAAACCUGAGCAAUGCUCAGGAACACAGUGAAAACUACUGCAAGUACAGUAGUUUUCUCUUUACAUCGUUAUCAUUUUAAAAUAGCUGCUACAUUAUCAACUAGUGCAUGAGAUCAUUUGUCUAAUAAUAUACUGAAAUAAAUCUGGAUGCAAACCAGUUGCCAUAUACUUUAAACUAUCUUUGUUAAACAAAGUGACAAUAAAAAUGCAUGGUUGCCAGUUAGAAUUAAA